UUCUCUUCGUUCCUAGGAUCCUUCCCUAUUUUCCAAACCAUCACCUUCCAAACAGAGCAUUUCUUCCGUCGCCUUACUCAUCGUCAGCUCUGUGGAUGGAUGCCAUAAGGAAGCAGGCCACAAAGCUAAGGGAGCAGGUCGCCAAACAGCAGCAGAGGAAGAUCUAGGACUAUUUUGGGAUCAAAAUACAAGAUUUGUGCUGGAUUUGACAAAUCAAAGCAGAAUGGAGCGUUUCAGGGAAAUUCGGAAAAAGGCUGUUCUCAAGCAAUUUGGCGGUGGUGGAUAUGGAGGUUCAGAUGGCGUAGUUACUGAUGAAGCAGAACUUCAGCAACAUCAAAAACUUGAGAAACUAUACAUAUCCACGCGUGCUGGCAAGCAUUUCCAAAGGGAUAUUGUUCGUGGUGUGGAAGGUUUUAUUGUUACUGGGUCCAAACAAGUUGAAAUUGGCACCAAAUUGUCUGAAGAUAGUCGGAAGUAUGGCGUUGAAAAUACCUGUACCAGUGGUAAUACACUAUCAAAAGCUGCACUUAGUUAUGGACGAGCUCGUUCUCAAAUGGAAAAGGAACGUGGGAAUCUACUGAAAGCUCUUGGGACACAGGUUGCAGAGCCAUUAAGAGCCAUGGUAUUGGGAGCUCCACUAGAGGAUGCUCGGCAUCUUGCUCAGCGCUAUGAUAGGAUGCGACAAGAAGCUGAAGCUCAGGCUAUUGAAGUCUCCAAACGCCAAAUGAAAGCAAGGGAAUCUAUGGGCAAUCCUGACAAUACUUCAAAACUGGAAGCUGCUGAAAUGAAGCUGCAAGAGCUGAAGUCAAACAUGGCAGUUCUGGGCAAGGAAGCUGUUGCAUCAAUGUCUGCUGUGGAAGCUCAGCAACAACGGUUAACACUCCAACGGCUUGUUGCCAUGGUUGACUCAGAACGUACAUAUCACCAGAGAAUCCUACAAAUCCUUGAUCAGCUGGAAGCAGAGAUGGUAUCAGAACGUCAACGAAUUGAAGCUUCUCCGAGCCCAGUUGCGGAAAGCCCUGUGGCACCACCUCCAUCCUAUGAAGAAGUUAAUGGUGUAUUUGCUUCUCAAACAUAUGAUGGGUCAACUGACCGCAUGGGAUACUUCUUAGGAGAGGUUAUGCAUUCAUAUCAAGCUGAGUCGGAUGUGGAGCUGAACUUAUCAGUUGGUGACUAUGUUGUGGUCAGAAAGAUGUCCCAUAGCUUCUCCGCCUCUUCCUCAAUCUGUUCAUUUUGUCACCAGGUGUCCAACAAUGGCUGGGCAGAAGGCGAAUGCAAGGGGAAAGCUGGUUGGUUCCCUUUCGUAUACGUUGAGAGACGGGAGCGCGUCCUUGCAAGCAAGAUGGCGGAAGUCUAUUGAAAUGGUCAGCCUGCUUGCUGUGUGGAAAUCAUUAUUUUUCUUGUGGUUGCCAGUGAUUCUUAAUCCUGUACACGAGGCAUACUUGUAUGAGUUUGAGAACAUUCAUUCAGCGGGCCUCAUCAUGGAUGGACCCAUAUUCCAAAAAGUCAAGAUUGAUGAUUGGAGACCAAGGUCAACGUUUGAUGGUUAAAAAGCUUAUGUUCAGAUUGGAUUACCUGAUCAAUGUGAUUCUUGGUCUUCGGCUAUCAUCUAUCUACAAUGAGGCCCAUCAUAUGAAUGGUCUGGAUCUCAUGCACAUGUGCCAUGUGUAUUGGACUAACUGAUAACCACAAGAAAAAAGCACAUUUGACACUACACUUUGCCCUUUUGUAGUUGCAUUCAUAUGUAUGUGAGAGGUACAAUGCAUUCACGGGACAUGCUUGAGCUGCGAUAGAUUAUAUAUAGGUUUUUUGAUGUAUGGAACUCUUUCCAUGUUUGAUCACGGUUUGAGGAAUGAAGUUUCUGUCAAUAUUUGUUUGACUGAAAGCAAGUUUUUUCA